AUGGCUAGCACAUAUCGGGAGAAAGACGCUGGCACAUCGGAGACUUUGCAUGUCCAGUCCUCGACGGAAGUGCACAGAAGCAAAGAGCAGGACAUUGACCGCCGAUCCGUCCACUCGACCGUCUCGAUUGUCUCUAUCACACCCUCCGGACAGUCGACGGCGGCAGAUCCUCAAGAUGUCGAAAUUGCCGACGAUGUGUUGCAAAGAACCAUCACUCCGAGAAAGCCCAUUGUCAAGGUCCCUCGAGCGAAGAGGCGUGGUCUCUUUGCACGGUUCGCCCUGGUGGCAGAGGUUACAGACCCUGUAGACUACAAGAAUAGCACAAAAUGGUUCAUCACCUUGACUGUGGCCAUUGCGGCUGCAGCCGCCCCGAUCGGGAGUGGCAUCAUCUUGCCAACCCUUGACCAGGUAGCAACUGACCUUCAUACCACGGCCACCACGACCAAUCUGUCCAUUGCGAUGUACAUGUUGAGCAUGGCCAUCUUCCCCCUGUGGUGGUCCGCAUUUUCGGAGGUGUCAGGUCGUCGCUCCGUAUACAUUAUAUCCUUUGCUCUCUUUACCUUGUUCGCAGUCGUGAGUGCGGUGUCUCAGUCGAUCGCUAUGCUCGUGAUCAUGAGAAUGCUUUCUGGAGGAGCAGCGGCAUCCGUCCAGGCAGUCGGAGCAGGGACAAUCGCCGAUAUCUGGGAAUCGAGGGAGAGAGGCAGGGCGAUGGGGAUCUUCUACCUCGGACCGCUGUGUGGACCACUCCUGUCUCCAGUUGUGGGCGGCGCUCUUGGAGAACACUGGGGCUGGAGGGCCACCCAAUGGGCUCUUGUCAUCUAUGGAGUCUUGGCAUGGUUUCUGAUCUUCUUUGCUCUGCCCGAAACUCUUCGGAAGAGGAAGGACAUCGUUGAGGAAGUGGAGAUUGAGACCGUCUCGGCAGGUGGCGACCUCGACCGACCUGGAAUGAGCAGAUCCUCGACCCGAGAAGUGGUCCAGCAAAGGUCCAAGCAGUACCUGACGGCGGCAAGAAAGAUGCUACUGGACCCAUUGAGUGUCAUCUUGUACCUCAGAUUCAUGCCCGUGGCGCUGACGGUGUAUUAUUCCGCGGUCACAUUUGGCUCGCUCUACGUACUCAACGUGAGCAUCCAAUACACGUUCGAAAGGGAACCAUAUGACUUCACAACCAUCAUCAUCGGGCUGUUGUAUCUGCCCAACUCGAUGGGGUACAUUCUUGCCAGCAUCUUUGGCGGGCGCUGGAUGGACUCGAUCAUGAAGCGAGAAGCCAUGAAGGCCAACCGUGUCAACGAACAGGGAAAGUUGAUCUUCCACCCGGAAGAUCGCAUGCGCGAGAAUGCAUGGCUAGGCGCCGCACUCUACCCGGGGGCCCUGAUUUGGUACGGUUGGACCGUACAGAAUGGCGUAUUCUGGCUUGCACCGAUGUUUGCGAACUUUUUCUACGGAGUCGGCUCGAUGCUUAUUUUCGCCAUGGCCACCACAAUGCUGACCGAGUUCAUGCCACGACGAUCGUCGUCCGGGGUGGCGCUGAACAACUUCUGUCGAAAUAUCUUUUCAUGUGUUGGCAGCAUUGUUGGGGCGCCUUUGAUCGCAUCUAUUGGCAAUGGCUGGCUGUUUACCAUCCUGGGCCUAUGGGCAUUUUCCAGUGCGACCGUCAUCUGGGCCAUGAAGCGAUAUGGGCCGCGGUGGCGAGAAAAGCUGAAUCGAGAAUUGUCAUGA